UUCGUUCACUCGCGCAGUUCUGAAAUUUGAGCUGCUCGAAUACUAGGCUCCAGCACACCGCCUUCUCAGGUGCAAGGUCACGUCAUUUACAGAUCGACUUAUUUGUUUUGAGGCCAACAGUCCCGUCGCGGACAAAUAGCGUGCACCGCUCUUUCCCGUCUGAAAACGAUAACAGCAGCACUGUUGCACUCACGUAAUAGCUCUCUACUCACUGACGGUACGGUUCCAUUAGCCCCUACCAUUGCUCUGCACCCCUACCGCUCCUGCCCACUAGACCAGAACCUGAAAGAACUGUAGUAUCCGCGAUAAACUCCAGCUAUUCCAAGAAACGCACAUCUCGAGCGCGAUGGAAGGAGGAGUGGCGGUUAGGGAGAACCGAAUGGCGGCCUUCGCGGGAAAGUGGGAGGCGUUCAGCCAGACCAAGGUCGCGGCGCUGAAGGCGGCUGUAGCGCAGGGCGUGGCGCAGAGCCAGCAGAUGUUCGAGAAGGAGAAGCCGGUCACGCUGACGCCUGGCGAGCAGGACGCUAAGGUGAAUGAGCUGCUAGCGUCCCUCUGUCCCCUCCCCAAGCGAGCGCAGAUAUUCUGCACCGACGCCUGCCUGCGCCGCUACUUGCGCGCGCGCAACUGGAACGUGCAGCGCGCCGAGCGCAUGGUGCGGGACACACUCAGGUGGCGAGACGAAUGCCGGCCUGAAGAGAUUCAAUGGGCUGACGUCGCAGAGGAGGGCGAGACGGGCAAGGUGUACCGAACAGCGUUUCUGGACAAGAAGGGCCGCUCUGUGGUGGUGCUGUCUGCAGGCCAGCAGAACACCAAGGACCACGCUGGUCAGGUGCGCCAUCUGGUGUACUGCCUUGAGAAUGCCGUCAUGAACCUGCCUGCCACUGCCCGCGAGCAGCUGCAGCAGCAGCAGCAAGGGCAGGGGCAGGGACCAUGCCAGGGCGAGCAGGGAGAGGAGCUAGAGCAUGGGGAGCAGGAGCAGAUGGUGUGGCUGAUUGACUUCCGUGGGUGGAGCAUGCGCAAGGCACCGCCCCUCAAGACGGCUCGCGAGGUGCUGAGCAUUCUCCAGAACCAUUACCCCGAGAGGCUCGGCGCUGCUGUCAUCUACAACCCUCCCGGCGUCUUUGAGGCUUUUUGGAAGGUGAUCCGUCCCUUCAUUGACCCCGUUACAUUCAACAAGAUCCUCUUUGUGAAUCCGUCCAAGUCGGAAACAGUGAAGAAGCUCGAGGAGGUUUUCAACCUGGACAGCCUUGAGCAGGCGUUUGGAGGGCGAUCCACGUGGACCUAUGACCAUGAGACAUAUGGCAAGAUGAUGGUGAAGGAUGAUGAGAAGACGGCACAGCACUGGGGGAUCCGUGAGGGAGAAAGGUCGGCCCAACAGCAGGAUAUUGUGCGGAAUGACAGUGGUGACAGCCUUGACAGCAUCGAGAGCGGCAGAAGCAGCUCCAGCUUCUCCAACAGCAGCAGCAGCAGCAGCAGCGGCAGUGGCUGUGGCGCUAGCCUUUGGCUCCCUGUUGGAGCUCUUACUCCCACUGAUCCAAACUCGCCACAUCCAGCACAUGGACCGGCACAGGCCGAUGGAGUCCUCACGACUCUCCAUAAGAUGAAUCUGAACAAGUUUGUCAAGCGACCUUCGUGGACCUAGUAACUAUCAAGUUGGCAUAGAUAGGCAUAUAUUUAGGCAUUAAAGCGCUGUUUGACUUUUGCAUGUAAUAGGAGCAGUUUGCUUCGGAAAAGGAACGAAGC